UUGUUUCUAGAUGAGCCAGGAAGUUUUCGAAAUUAUGCGCGUGCCAAUAAUUGACAGAAACAUUCCAGUGGUCAGUGAAUCGAAGUGAUCGAAGGCAGCGUGUUGUGUUAUUAAAUCACAGCAAGCGGUUACCCACCAGCAGCAGCAGAAUAAAAUAAAAAUGCUAAUCGAGUUGGCUGAGUUUAGUCAGAAGCUCCAGGAGUACCGGACAAUCUUGGAACGGUUGCGAACCAAUCAAAAAUCGUACCAACAAAGGCGGGAGCGACUGAGCAAACUCAGCCAACGGCGUCGCUCGGAAAUCCGGAAGCCAGAUGUUGCAUGCUACAUGUGUAACGCCAACAUUGAAGUCGAGGACACAAACAGUUUCGCAACAUGUCGUGGUUGCGAGCGACUAGUGUGCCGGAGCGAGGGAAAACAAUGCAGCGAGUGGAUCCCUGCGAUCGGCAUUUGGGAGUGUCAAAAUUGUCACUCAAGUCGGGUGAUCCAGCAAAAAGCAGGCGAGUGGUUGCUAGGUCAACUCACCAGCCGAUUGCAGAAUCCUGGUCCAGUGAAUUUGAAAAACGAUGGCCUUCUUGGAUUGACUGCUACCGACUCAGAUGAUGCCCAAAGCUCUACGUCCUCGAUUUCUUCGAACCAAAAGGUCAAAGUUCGGGAGUUCGUCGAAGAGUUGCUUUCUUCGAUGUUAAAUGGUCCGUUGGAUGACGUGCCCGUUGGGCAACUCAUGAAGAACGAUGGCUAUAUAAAGUUGUUCCACAGGUAUCAUUCACGUUUGAGCAGGUGUCUGUACAAUCUGGAGCUCUCGAUACAUCAGUCACUGUCCGAUCUACCCAUGAUCGAAGGCCAAACCGAGCCGGCUAGUCCGAGCGAUACGCAUUUUGAACUACGCAAGAUGCUCCAGAAGAUCCUGGAUGAGGUCACCAAGUUACCAGAACUGUUUAAUCAAAGCGGUCUUCCAUUGCGACCGGAGGAGCAUCUGCCGUAUUUCAGCCCCAAGAAGUACGAGCAGCUGCUGGCGAACGCUGUGCUCAAUAAGGUGGUAGAGAACUACCGCAAUCCGCAAAACUUUGAACACGUGGAGCAGCAGCCAACGAAGCAGCAACCGGAAGUGGACAAAGCUGGCCCUCCGACGACCGGAGCGACAUCGGCGGGUUCAGCACCGGCCACCGGAACUACCUUCGACAUCAAUCAUAACAAAGUUCCUGGUAAAAGCCUGUUGAACGAAGCCAACCUAAGACAGAUGUCGUUGGAUAAGGAGUUGAAGGAGGAUCUUUAUGGCCGGUCGCUUUCAGAAUCAGACGAGUCGUAUCUGAGUGACUACAUCCAGAAGCAUACAGUGCCUUUGCCGGAUUUGUCAGAUACCACAGGGUCGGGAUCAGGCCCUGAGGAUGAUCUACUAUCCCUCAAAUCAAACACUACCGAUGGAACUUGGGAGGAGAAUUGGUUAUUCAAAAAACGACAGCUGAAAGCAACCGAAUCUUCAAUUGCCAUGCUGGUGCCAUCUCCAACCGAAGAAGUUAAGGCUCUGAUCGGCGAUAAGAAUGCUGAUGAAGUCAGUGAUCUUUCUGAGGCUGGAUCCGAUGUUGAGGACUACGAUUCAGAUAGCAACCAUAAGAAUACUACCACAGAUCCUAGUAGUUCCACUAGGAAAACAGAACAAUCACUUGAAGACCAUGUCCAGGACAGUUUAAUUUCGAUAAACUCAAUCGCUUCCAAUGAGCCGGUUCUCUCGGAAGCCAAGAAUGAUCUGUUACUGAAGGAACAAUCUUUUCCACUCGAAACUUCUAAUCAUCUGGUAGACGACCUUAUCAGUAUCGAUCCCAGUUCGGAGAAAACGGAAGCUGCCAAUCCGGCAUUGGUGGAUAGUGAAUUGAAUUCGUUCCUGUUCGGUCCCGAAUCGGUACUUGUGGAAGAAAACAAUAAUAUAGUCAAGCAACAUGAAGUGGAAACAGAUGACGUCAAACUCAUGCAGGAACUUAUCCAAAAUGCUCCGAAGCACAGUGACACCGAUGGAAAUGUACAAUAUCCAAUCGGUAUCGCUAGAACAAUCCCAGUCGACAGACCAACCGCUGAGUGUGACCGAAAAGAAAUCCCAAUAGAAACAGCACCACAUAACACCGAACACAAAACUAAACCCAAUGUAACCGUAUCCGAAGUAGAUGUAGAUAACCCUAGUAAUCCACGUAGCAGAAAUCUUAACCUUAGCAUUAGCCCUGAUCAAACCCACCUGGAAGGCAAAACCACAACGAUCCUAGACAACAUCAGGAAACCCGAUCCCAAACCUCCAACUUCCGCUGAGCCGCUAUCACCACACCCGAUCGCCCUUAACAUAACGGAAGUUUACGAACGCUCCAUGAAACCUCCGCUAAUGUCUAUUUCAGAGGAAGACCUGGAAUCGAACGCUUCAACAGCCUUCCGUUCGAUCCUAUCGCCUUCCGACAGUGUGACUUCUACGGCUGAUGAAAGUGAUUACAAAACCGUCUCCCAGAAUGAAUCGAGUGCGACUACCACAGCAGAGGCCGACACCGAUAACAGUUUGAUGUUGGAUAGCCUACCAUCGCAACAUUCGUUGGAUUCUUCCGCAGAAAGCAGUCGGCAUUACAGGGAGGAGGAAUUUAGUUCGAUUAACAUCGGCCAUGAGGGACAAGAGUCAGACGAAACAUCGAAACCAUCCCUGGAGCUGCUAGAGUUGAACGAAGCAUCUUCGGGAGCAGUUUACGUAUGCGACAAGAGUAAGUUGGAGUUUGCCGAGCAGUUGAAGGAACUGAGACAGCAACAACAGCAUCAUCCGGAGUCUGAGGAAAAGAAAGAAAAUAUGGACAGAAACGAAAGAAUCUACGUGGGGCAUGAUUUAGUAGCAUUUAAUAACAAUGCUUCCAGUCCGGAAGAAAUGAAGGAACAAAAAGAUCGAUCAUUGCAAAAUUCGCUAACCAUAGAUCAAACAAGAGAUGAAGUCACCAUACUUGAGCAACAAACAGCAAAUACGACAGAAUCAGCAGGUGACAAAGCAACCAUUGAAAAUCCAAAGGAUCAGCAAACCACCCUGAUCGAAGAAGGCGUUGAAAAACCGUUGCACGUAUCGCUUAGCUAUGAAACUGAAACACAAGUCAUUGACUUGAAAGCUGAAUACGAGCAACCUGAGAAUCAAUGCUUGCCAAUCAUUGCAAAUCCUACGCAAAUCAUAGAUCCUGAUUUGCUCGAAUAUGUGGAAAAUCCAGAACUAAAUGACAAAACUGCUGCGGAAUCUGCAACAAUUCACUCAAGUUUGAUCGAUAUAGAUUUUAACGAUUCAACUCAUAAUGGAUUGAAAGAGAAGUUAGUUGAAUCAGAUCACCAAAAACAAGAUCUUAUAGAUGAAAUCACUGAACAAACACCUCAACAAACUUUAUUGCAUGCUACAGAAGUAUGCUUAGAAACAACCAAAGCCAAAACUGAAGAACUUGUUAUUGUUUCUGAGACUGCGGUAGAAACUGCAGAAUCAGCUCUAUUACAAAAUGUGGAAUUGGAAUCAAGUCCCAUAAAGACGUUGGAAUGCAUUGAUCUACUGGGGGACAUACAAGCCAGCGAUCAAAUAACAGAUGGUUCAUUGCAUUCACCUUCCUUACAAAGUGCACCAUUGCCAAGCAAUGACUCUAUAAAUAAAUAUUACUUUGAUGAAAUAUCAGCUCAACUUACGAUGGAAGUAAAGGGCGAUAAAAGUCAAAGAGAUUCUUGCGCUACAGCUUUUGAAGAAAAUAAUAGAAAUGAAGAAAGUGAAUUCGAGAAGUCAAAUUCAGAAACAGAAACACAGGAAAAAGACAAGAAACCACAAGAAAUUGAACCAACUCUUGACGUGACUCAUACUGAAUCCAAGAACGAUUCCAAAACAGACCCAGAUCGGAAUUUGGAUCAGAAAUUAUCAUCGCAAGAAAUAAUCUUAGAACAGAAUCACACAGAAGAUGUAAAACCUAAAAACGAAGAGAACGUUGAAACAAAAAUUGUAUCCGAUGUUCUGAAUGCUCAUUUGUAUUCCGAACAACAGAUCUCGAAACCUUGUGAGAACCUAGAAACAUUCAGUGUGGAUUCGAAUGAUGAAGUUAAGAACCCCGAAGCUACAUUUUUACACUCCAUUUCGGAGGAGUCAACCUUCAGUUCUUCUACGUCUGAGUUCACCUCUACAGAACCUGAAUCGAUCAAAAGCACAGAAAAUAAAACAACGUUGAACACUGACCCAUCUAAUGAACUUACAGAUCAAUGUGAACAAGCUACAACCACAAACGAACCAUUGAACAAGAACGAAGUCACUUCUGAUCUUGAGCAAAAUUACGCUUUAACUGUUCAUGAAUACACUGGUGACAAAAGAUUAGCAGAUGUUGUUGCUCCUACUACCUCGGUUGAUUCAGCUGUAAAACUUGACGAUGAACUAAUUUCCUCUUCAAACAUCGAAACUACAACUUCAGAAAACCUCGAGAAAUCUUCUGAUCCACAAAACCAGCCUCCCGAAAGAACUCAAACCUGCGAAGCAAUCGUGACAGACUCUGAACAUCAUGAGCGUCUCAGUCCCACUCCUGGUUCAGUGCCUAAUCCGCCUGACAUUCUUCUAGGUACCACUGAAGCAUUAGAUGAGUCCGACAGUGAGCAUCUGAAAUCGAAUGACGGUUUACCAAGUCAAUCUGGAUCAUCUAGCCCGACGGACACGUCAACGGAAGCCAUCGCCGGAUCUGUCGACAGAGCAUCUAGUCCGGAAGAAUCUUAUUCUGCUCUCACAGACGAAAAAUCAACUAUUUCCAACGGACAGCUGAAGCUACAAGACUCAGAACAACUGUUUUCCUUAAGCCGAACCCCUUCUCCAGAAAAAAGACGCCAUUCUACUCCGAUCGCUAUUGUGACACAGCAGAUGCGACAAUACUGCGAGGAGCUGAAGGGUAUUCUUUAUCCUCCAAAGUCACCUGAGACUGAAACAGAAGUAAAGCCACAAACACCUGAAAACCUUGAUGCUCUACAGCUCUUCCAGGAAGAACUGCGUGCAGCUAACGAGGAUCCCUCCCAGUGUGAUGUCAAACCAUGCAAGGAUCAUCCUAUACAAGCAAUUCCACCCAAUGAAGGUAACGUUCCUGUUUCGGGAAAACUACUCACACCUAUGGAAGAAUUUGCUAUUAGAACAGCAAAAUACAAUCACAUUUUACGUAAUAUAGACUACGUUGAAGAGAGUGUUCCCAUAGCAGAAGAAGCCGAGUGCUUGAUGACGCAAAAUGUAGAACAAUCCACCGUUGAUGCCGUAUUAAUGGUUACCCCAAGUGCAGAAGAACACGCUGUUAAUGAAGCGAUCGUUGUUGAGCACACACCUACACCAGAACCAGUAGCUUUGACACAAGUUUCCUACGAACGGCAGACCACCUCCACUGUCGAGGAGCUGGAAACCGUUUAUCAUCCAAAUGAUUCAUUUGAUUUUCCACCACCACCACCUCCAGAGAUCCUGGAGAAAGUUGACGAACUCAAUCAAUGCGAUCCGGAGAUUUCUUCGCUAUCAAUACCGCUUGCCACGGUUUGUGUUUUAACUAACAACAGUGACACUAACCUCACCAUUAUUGUUGAUACUACUAACAACGCGAAUGAUCAACAACCGCCGAGCUUCCUCUCGGAGGCAUCUAUUUCGAUAGAAGAACCAGACUCAUCUCAAUCCCAACAAAUUCCAGCACAAUCUGCACCGGAGAAACAGAAACCAUCGGAACUGGCCAAUGGUCACGUUCCAACGACAACCAAUGGUUCCACGGACGAUUCCGGAGAGGAAGAAAAGCUUAUACCUGGAUCCAUUGCCGAGCGUGAGCACUUGAAAUGGCGGAACGCUUCACCUAUCGCCAACAAUCCGUAUUCUCCAGAUGUGUUACAGAAACGGCUGGAAGAGUCGAACAGAAAAUCAAGUAUGUUUGACUUUGAUCGGUUGGCAGAUAGAGCGCUCACAUCCCCGACCAUGGAAGUGCCUGAUGAACCUGAACUCGUCUUGGCUUCCAAGGAUGAUGAUGAUACUGCUGAGAAGGAUCGUUCGUUGCAAUCCGUGGUUGGAAGCAAUCCAAAUCGAUAUCAAAGAUACGGUAGAGAUUACUACAUAAAUGACGCCAAGCGUGCUUGUGGAUCGCGAAAGGAGACACCGGAUCUAUCGGGUCAAUUAACGCACAGUACCGACGACGAGAAAUCUCUACUGCUGUCACAGAAACAGGAUCAACCAACUAGCCCUACCCACAGUAACGGGAAUGACCUGCGUCCAGCUGGUGCAUUCCCAUUCGUAAAGUCCAACAGCUGUGGCAACGUGAUCAACAACAAUCAAUCGGAGGACAUCUUCUCUGCGGCUCGACCCAUUGCAGUUGCUCCAGGUGAUCCCAUCCUGAAGAAAGGCACCAAAGUGGAAUGUCUCAGUACACAGGAUCGGGAGGUCUACCUCGUUCCAACAGACGAACCCAUCACUCCCUGUUCGUUGGGAUCCUCUUCGGAACUAAGCAUGACGUCACGACCUGAUGAUAGUCUAACGUACAGUGAAGACUCGGACGUGACUCGGAUCUAUGAGAUCGGAACAGGUGAAAGCAAAGUUAUUCAUGGAGAUGCUAUCGGUAGUGAAAAGGACACAAGUCGGACACCUCCCUCGACUCCAACUAAUGACGAAUCUGGUGUAGUGAAUUGCAUAGACGAAGAGCAAACAAUGAACAAAUUGAACAGUCUGAUGCAGCAAGAGACUGAACUAAUUUCAGAAGAAAUUAUCGGGAUUAUUCCUCAAGUCAGAAUGCCCACACCGGUUGAACCGGACCCGAUAGUUGAACCUCCUUCCAGUCCCACUAUAGACCGUAGUCAUCUACUGAAACCUCAUCUCGUCAAGAUGAAACCUCUAUCGCCGGAAACGAUAAAAUUUUUCUCGCCUAAAAAGCCUUUCGCAGCCAAAGGGGGCAAUCUUUCUGCGUCAUCCUCGCUUUCCCAGUCGUCGACGGAAAUUCGAGAUCUACCUCAUCAUCCUACCAGCCAUUACCAUUCGUCCUUGCACAUCGAUUAUCCACCCAAUAGGGCCGCACCCAUCCAUCAUGAUUUCAUCAUCGAGAAGGAAGUGAUGGAAGUGCUUCCCUCGGUUAAGGAGCUCGCCAAGUGCUAUAGCAGCAGUCAGCAGGAUGUCAAUGCAGUGCCGAAGCCGCUUCAUAAACCAAAGGUCAAGCUCCGCAAGGACUUCAUUCGACAAUCGUCGGACAUGCUGCACGAGGAGGAAAACCAGGACACUCGCACCGGAAUGCCGCACGUCCAGAACAAGAACCGUCGAAUAUAUUGCAGUACCGGUAGUAUCAGUGCCGCGGAGGAGAUACGUGAAAUCCGCCGAAUGAAAGUGGAAGCAUAUAACCCACCGACGUUUGUUCCGAUGGCCCCGGGACACAGCAUAACGGCCCGCAGUCUGUCCAAGCAGAUUCGAGAUGAGUUGAAAACCAAUGCGACGGAUGAUCACAAGGUGCAAGGUGGUGGCCAUGCGUCACCCGAGCGACCCAGCAGUCCCGUGUUUGCUCCGGGUCAUCUGCGAAGUAGUAUACAGUUCUUUGAAAAUUUGAAGGAAAAAUAGUCGGGGAGAAGGAUCAAAGUCAAUCAGAAAAAGUAAUCAGUGCCAUUGUUCUUAAAAUCUGUAAUAUGAUACCAAAAUGUCUAAAGUAGAAACUAUUUCUCGAGGAGGAAGCGAGUCGCUUUUUUGCCGUUCGUUGUGUUGAAAUUAUUGAUUUAUGUGCAGUGGUUUAUUUAUUAAUACAUUCUUAAACGCAUUUACUCCUUUGGAAGCAGGAAGUAUUUUGAACCGCAUUACAAAAAGGUGGAAAGUUGUGCUAUUGCUUUUGACAAGGGCAGUCAAGUUCAGAACUAUCGAGUCAAGGAAAUAUAGUCGUUUGCAAAAUUAA